AUGUGGCUUCUUCGGUCUCUUUCGAGUGGUAACAACAACAAACAAGGUGGUGGUGGCACUUCCGUGUCGGUUCAAAACGAAACCACCACCACCACCAACCCGUACACAUCAACAACACAAUCCUCUCCGUCAUCAAACCAUUCGACGUCCGAACGUAAAUCAAAGAACUCAGUUCUAGAAUUUCAUGGCUCCGACAAGCAAGAAAUAGACACCUUGAUGCAAGAACUCUCUUCAAAAUCUAUGAGUUCACCACUGAUUAGGGCUCUCAUUUCUCUCUAUUCAAAAAACAAUGGUUUCAUCAAUGCCGUAGAACAAGAUCAAAAGAGUGACAACAAAAAGCUCGCCCAAUUAGAAACUCAAUUUGUGGAUUUGAUGAAAGAGAGAAAAAUUCUUUUGAACGCACAUCCAGAAUUGAUGGAACAAUAUUCUGUGGCUAAAUCCACACAAAUGAGUACUGAAGAAGACGAUGGUGAAGACAUGUAUGCAUACAUUCAGAAAAAGAACUUGAUUGAUCAAGAAUUGAAAAAAGUACAGUCACACAUCAAGGCAUCCAAGACCACCUAUUGUCAUUACUUUUGUGACGGAGAACUUGAGUUUAUGAAGCAAAAUAUGAAUUCCAAAGACACUUGUAAAUACUAUACCAUCACAUACAAUCCUACCUUUGAUCCAUUCACAUGCCCUGGAGAAUUCUUUCAUUUUAGACUUGCUGAAACUUUUAUUAACAGAGCUUCAGGAAACCAAUAUACUUUAAGAGAAGUAACCUAUGUAUGCAAUCCUUUUAAUUUAAAACGAUUUAAUGAGAGAAAGAGAGAAUUAGCAAAAAAACAUGGUUUUUUAUUGGACUCGAUGAAACCUCUCAUUCUUUUUCACGGUAACAGAUUGGAAACCAAUUAUGAUAAUAUUAUGAAAACAAACUUUUCCAUGCAGAGAAUUGGUUCAAAUACUGGUAACUUGGGUUACUAUGGAAAAGGAGUGUAUUUUAGUAGCUAUCCUCAAUAUAGUAUUGGAUAUGCUGGAAGUAAUUGUUUAUUAGUUUGCUUGGUAUUCACAGGAAAAUCAUAUCCGUUAAAACAAAUUGUCAUGGGAUGUCCAAAAGAACCUGGCUAUGAUUCACAUACAAGUCCUGACGGUUUUUCAGAAGUGGUCAUCUUUGAUGAAGAUCAAAUCCUCCCAAUUUAUAAAGUUAAAUUUUAA